UAAGAACAUGGCUCACACGAGAAUUUCUGCCAAACUACCUCCGCACAUCGACCCAACCAAAGCACCGGUCGCAUUCGGGAACAGAGCUCUGCCCAAACUCAACCGAGAGCUGGCCGACGGCGAACUCCUCACCAGACAGCGGGCGCUCAUGGCUCUGUGUGAUCUGGUCCACGACCCCGAGUUAGCUUAUACGGCCGUGGAGGUCGGUUGUUUGGAGAAGUUGAAACUCCUGUUGAAAGAUGAAGAUGCUACUGUCCGCCAGAAGACCACAGAAACUUUCUAUAUUUUGGCCACCCAUAGUAUUGGGAGGUUUGCAAUUAUGGAACAUGAAGCAAUUUUACCACUAUCUGAUCUGCUCAAUGAUCCCGUGGACAUUUGCCGUAGAAACAUGCACAUGGCUUUAGAAAUGCUCUCGGAGAUUCCUGCAGGCGCAGCUGCUAUAGUGUACGCUGACUUGGUUCCCUCGCUGAUAAUGAAACUGCGCACAGAACUCGACGAGAUCCAGGAGCUGAUAUUGAAGACUCUGCACUUCUGUCUGCUCGUGGACACCAAGCAGGCCCUGGAUGCCGAAGGCGUUACCGUGCUGAAGUCCAAGCUCACUCACUUUUCCGAGGCCAUCAAGAGUCUGGCUGCACAAGCACUGAUGGACAUCAGUGCGCCGUUAGAAGGGAAAGACCAAAUAUGUGAAGAGGAGGUGAUUCCUAUCCUGGUGGAGCUGCUCAGUGACCCAAACCACGAGGUCAGGGCAACAGCAGCAGGAGCGCUGAUGUUUGCCACCAUCACCACACAAGGGAAGUAUAAAGCAUUGGAGGCCGGCAUCAUUCCACCCUUGCUCAUUCUGGUGAACGAUCCAGUCGGCAAGGUCCGGCUGAACGCCAUUAAAACCAUCACCACAGUGUCAGAAGCUCCUGAGGGUCGAAAAAUACUGCUGGACCACCUGCCGCUUUUUGAGGGCUUGGCCCAGGAUCCCAGUGAGGGAGUCAGAAAGGCCGUCCAGAUCGCCAUUGAUGUCAUCACCUGGAAGCCCUAGCUGAGCUACUGGACACACACUACUGCUCCUCACAUUUCUUCUUUGACACUUGAGUUCCAUCUUCCACUUUCAAUUUGGUUCACAAUUUAUUCUUCCUUUUAUCUUUGUUUCUUCUCCAACAGUGAGUCGUAUUCUUCCCUGGAUACAUCCCACUUUUCUUCUUACCUUCUGGAUCGUUCUUUCAUAGUGCCUGCAGGUCCAUCCCGCCAGCUCUGGGAGGGUGAAACACCUGGAUGUCGUGAGAAUACGUUGGUCUUGUUGCUAUUUUAAACUCUGACAAUCAGUAGUCGCCAGCUCGAUCUUGUAGACGCCAAAUUAGUUUAUUCCACCACCAAAAAUCAAUUGUAUAAUUUUUUAAUUGUUACACUUUAAAAUUAAACUCUCAUAAUUCUUAUUAUUUUGCUGAUUCUUCUCAAAUUAUCGUUGUGUCUCUCUCAUGUGAACACUCUUCUGCUCCACUUUGCAUCUCUUGCUGGGGUUGUGGUCUGUGCACUCUGCAGUAAUCAGUGACUAGCAGUGUAACUAUGUGCUGUGCAGUCAUUUGGCGUUCAGUGGUUUGGGCACCGUUUGUUAAGUGGA